UCACUCCUUCAUGCGUUUUCCAAACACACUAGUGGUGGCGAAAUGUAUCGAACGGCGGCGAAGCGGCUGUUGGGCGGUGCAAGGUACUACUACAAUACCAACUAUGGCCUCCGAUGCCGGCCUCCUCAGAAAUUGCUACUCUCUUCGCGCUUUUUCACAUCAGAGCCUCAACCAUUUCCUGAUCCACACUCUAUCAACCGUGGCAUUCCCGUCGUCACAACCACCGAAACCCCUAACUCUUUAGAUUCAGCUUCUUCCAGUUCGUCAACGGAUGAAGAUGCCGCAAACCCUAAAGCCAACUACGAGGACCAACAAGCUCGCGUGCUUCAGGCCUCGCUCCCUUACGUCAUAAAGUUGGGAUGGACCGAAGCAGCUCUAAUUGCUGGAGCUAGGGAUGUUGGCCUUUCCCCUUCUAUAGUCGGAUCUUUGACCAGGAAGGAAGCUGCACUGGUCGAGGUGCAUUUUCCUGUAUUUUAUUCUUAUCACAUCUCACUCAUUUUCACUUUCCUUUUGUGUGUGGUAUUUGUCAUAGUUUUUCUCUUGUUAGUGAUUGUUAUUAGUAUUUUCUGAUUAUUAGAUUUGGAG